AUGAUCACCGAGAUCCUCACCCCACAAAACACAGGCUAUGUCCUGCUGGGUCUGCUUACCGCCUACUAUAUCAUCCCCUAUCUGCAAACAUGGCAUCUGCAUGAUAUCCCAUCUCCCGGCUUCGCGGCCUUCAGCAACCUGUGGCUUCUUCUGCAGGCCCGUCAGGGUCAUCGCUUCCUCAAGGUCGACGAGGCCCACAAGAAGCAUGGCAAGCUAGUUCGCAUUGCUCCCGGACACAUCUCUAUUGCCGACGAUGGUGCCAUCCAGGCCGUCUAUGGGCACGGAAACGGUUUCCUCAAGGCCGAUUUCUACGAUGCUUUUGUCUCUAUCCGCCGCGGUCUCUUCAACACUCGCGAUCGUGCUGAACACACCCGCAAGCGUAAGACCGUCUCCCACACUUUUAGCACGAAGUCGAUCGGCCAGUUCGAGCAGUACAUCCACCACAACAUCGAACUAUUCGUUAAGCAAUGGACCAAGCUCUCCAAGCUCAACGGCAACCCCCGGAGCGGCUAUGCCACCAUCGACGCGCUCAACUGGUUCAACUUUCUGGCUUUCGACAUCAUUGGCGAUCUCGCCUUCGGUGCUCCCUUCGGCAUGCUUGAGAAGGGCAAGGAUUUCGCUGAGAUGCGCAAGACUCCUGACUCCCCUCCCACCUAUGUUGAGGCUAUCGAGGUUCUCAACCGCCGUGGGGAGGUUUCCGCUGCUCUCGGCUGCUUCCCCCGUCUCAUUCCCUAUGCCAAGUGGAUCCCCGAUCGCUUCUUCAAGGAUGGUCUCCAAGCCGUCGAGAACCUGGCUGGUAUUGCUGUCGCCCGUGUCAAUGAGCGCCUCAAGCCCGAAGUCAUGGCCAACAACACCCGUGUCGAUCUCCUGUCCCGUCUGAUGGAAGGCAAGGACAGCAACGGCAACAAGCUCGGUCGCGAGGAGCUCACCGCCGAGGCUCUCACUCAGCUCAUCGCCGGCUCUGACACCACCUCCAACACUGCCUGCGCGAUCCUGUACUGGUGCAUGCAAACCCCCGGUGUCAUCACCAAGUUGCAGAAGGUCCUGGAUGAGGCUAUCCCCGCCGACGUCGAUGUCCCCACUCAUUCCAUGGUCAAGGAGAUUCCUUAUCUUCAAUGGGUCAUCUGGGAAACCAUGCGUAUCCAUAGCACCUCCUCCAUGGGUCUUCCCCGCGAAAUCCCCCCCGGUAACCCCCCCGUCACCAUCUCCGGCCACGUCUUCUACCCCGGCGACGUCGUCUCUGUCCCUAGCUACACCAUCCACCGCUCCCGUGAGAUCUGGGGCCCCGACGCCGAGCAAUUUGUCCCCGAGCGCUGGGAUCCAGCCCGCCUUACCCCCCGCCAGAAGGCCGCCUUCAUCCCCUUCAGCACCGGUCCCCGCGCCUGCGUCGGCCGCAACGUCGCCGAGAUGGAACUCCUCGUCAUGACAGCUACCGUCUUCCGCCUCUUCGAGUUCGAGAUGCAGCAGGACGGCCCCAUGGAGACCCGCGAAGGUUUCCUGCGCAAACCUCUUGGCUUGAUCGUCGGUAUGAAGAGACGUGCCGCCCAUGCGUCUGUAUAA